AUGCUUUACACUGGUAUUGCCGCCCUUGCCCUCGCAGCCACUGCUGCUGCUGCCCCCAGCACCGAGAUUGAGAAGCGUGCUUCCGGCAGCAACCAGAACAUCUCCAUCUUCCGCUACGGCGAUGCCACCCAGUGCCACCACAUCCUCCGCGACUCCGGUGCUUGCGGCAUCAGCACCUACUUCAAGAAUGUCAACCAGGGCGCUUCCUUUGUCGCCAUGCCCGCCGACGUCUUUGACCGCUAUGGCGCUGCCCAGCACAACAAGCUCUGCGGCAAGACCAUCACCAUCAAGCACAACGGCGUCACCAAGACCGCCAUUGUCGCCGACCGCAACCUCAGCAACGACCACUCCAUCGACACUUGCCUUGACAUCUGGAAGGCGUUUGGUGGCCACGACAACGACGGUAGCCUCAUCCGUGGUGCCAGCUGGACCAUCAACGGUGCUUAA